CUACCAAGUACGAGUUGACAAACAGAGACUAAAUCCCAUGACCCGAACGGUGCUCGCCUUUCUGGCCUUGGCCUCCUUCGUAACGGCUGGCCUCACGCCAGGAAACGGAAAUAGUACCUGCGCUCAAUGGUGCCAACACCAAAACCUCGACCAGACCUGCAAGCCUUUGGCAGCCAAGGGGCAAGGCCCCUGCUAUACCUGCGGGCCCGCCCGAAAGGCUGCAACUCAAGAGCUCUGCUCCGGCACUUGCACGGACACUAGUACAGAUAGCAAGAAUUGCGAUUCGUGUGGGGCAGUGUGCCCGACAGGAUCAACCUGCUCCCAGGGCGUUUGCAUCUGCACGAACUCGGGAUUGGGCCUCUGCAACGAAACAUGCCCUUCCUUCGAUUCCGAUAACAAUCACUGUGGAGAAUGUGGCAACGUGUGCCCUACAUCGUCCACCUGUCAAUCCGGAGCUUGCGUUCCUUGCGCAAGUUUCCAGCCACAAACCACAUAUGCGGUCAGGGACCUCCCGUGGGGUGUGGCAGUGGGCGAUUUCAACGGAGAUGGCCAUCUCGAUCUUGCCGUGGGGAAUGCGGGGAACGAGACUGUGAGUAUCUUGCUCGGGACUGGGUUGGGGAGCUUCCAGACUCAGGUCGCAUACGCUGCUGGUAGCUUGCCUUUUCAGAUCGCUGUUGGAGACUUCAACGGUGACGGGAUUCUCGAUCUGGUCUCGGGCACGGCAGCCAAUACAGUCAGCCUCUUGUUGGGAACUGGAUCGGGAAGUUUCCAGCCACCUCUGCAGUUCCCCGUGGGGACUGGGCCCGUGGCCAUCGCUGUCGCUGACCUCAAUCAAGACGGCCAUUUGGAUGUGGUGACGGGGAAUCACGAUGGAAACAAUCUCAGUGUUUUACUGGGGACAGGCGAAGGGAGCUUCCAGUCUCAGAGUCAAUAUGCCGUGGUGAGCACACCCGACGGUGUGGCUGUCGGUGACUUCAAUCAAGACGGGCACCUCGAUCUGGUCGUUGGGAAUGAGGGCAGCGACGUGGUUAGCAUCCUGCUAGGCAAUGGCGACGGAAGCUUCCAGCCGCAGACUACAGUUCCGGUCGGAUCUGGCCCAUAUGGUGUGACGGUUGCCGAUUUCAACAAAGAUGGCCGGCCGGAUUUCGCAGUCACAAAUACCAUGGAUGCCUCAGUGAGCGUCUUGUUUGGUGUGGGAAACGGGACCUUCCAGCCACAGGCUGUGUUCACCGUGGGGUCCUACCCGAGAGCUAUUACGACGGGCGAUUUCAACAAAGAUGGUGAGCUUGAUAUUGCGGUGACGAACGAUGGAGGGGCUUCGGUCGGUAUCCUGCUUGGGACGGGGUCCGGGGCCUUUCUCGAGCCUGCGGCCUCGUUUGCAGUGGGCAACAACCCGACUGGUAUAGCGGUGGGCGAUUUCAAUGGAGACGGCUACCUCGAUCUCGUCACCACAAACGUAGUGGAUGCCAGUGUGAGCGUUCUGCUUGGGCGGGCUUGUAACACUUAAGAAGGAUGUCGUUGAGCCACGUUAUCGGGACCGGAGACCCGGUACUACCGUC